CGCGGUGCAAAAAUAAUUCCAGACGGCGUAAAUCUGCGGGAACCUGGCGCUUUAAGAAUAGGCUCCUUUAUAUGGGGAGGCAAGGCUGGUGUUUUUCCACUCAAACUAAAAUGUAACGGUCACCCAUCUUAAGAGACAAAGGUCAUAAAAAACACGUAUAAAUUAAAUGUACUGUUGGGGAUCAGUCAUUCUGCAUUCGGCCACUGUAGCAGACAGAAGGGGCAGCUUAAGGAGAAAAAGGAGACAAUAAUAGCCGCCAUCGUCUGUCCCACAUCCUGCAGCAGCAUGGCACAGAAAGAGAAGCUUCAAUGCCUGAAGGACUUCCACAAAGACACCCUGAAGCCCUCACCUGGGAAGAGCCCAGGCACCCGGCCAGAGGACGAGGCGGAGGGGAAGCCCCUGCAGAGGGAGAAGUGGGCCAGCAAGCUGGACUUUGUGCUCUCAGUGGCGGGAGGCUUCGUGGGUUUGGGGAACGUGUGGCGCUUCCCGUACCUCUGCUACAAGAACGGUGGUGGUGCCUUCUUAAUUCCGUACUUCAUUUUCCUGUUUGGAGGAGGUCUGCCUGUGUUCUUCCUGGAAGUGGCUUUGGGUCAGUUCACUUCUGAAGGGGGAAUCACCUGCUGGGAGAAACUAUGCCCCAUAUUUACAGGAAUCGGUUAUGCGUCUGUGGUCAUCGUCUCUCUGCUGAACAUAUAUUACAUCGUGAUCCUGGCCUGGGGGCUCUACUACCUGCUGCAGUGUUUCCAGCCGGAGCUGCCGUGGGCCAAGUGCAGCCAUUCUUGGAACACGGCGAGCUGUGUGGAGGACACCGUGCGCAAGAACAAAAGCCUCUGGCUGGCUGUCAACACAACCAACUUCACUUCUCCUGUCACUGAAUUCUGGGAGCACAAUGUUCUCAGCAUCUCCAGUGGCAUCGAGGAGGUGGGCUCCCUUAAAUGGGAUCUCGCUCUUUGUCUCCUGGCCGUCUGGAUCAUCUGUUUCUUCUGCAUCUGGAAAGGGGUGAAGUCAACAGGGAAGGUUGUUUACAUCACAGCGACAUUUCCUUUCGUUAUGCUGCUUGUCCUGUUGAUCCGUGGAAUCACUCUGCCCGGAGCAUCUGAAGGAAUCAAGUUCUAUCUCUACCCAGAUCUCAGCAGACUGUCUGACCCGGAAGUCUGGAUAGAUGCAGGAACUCAGAUUUUCUUCUCGUACGCCAUCUGUCUGGGGGCGAUGACAUCACUGGGGAGCUACAAUAAGUAUAAAUACAACUGCUACAGGGACUGUUUGCUGCUGGGAGGCCUGAACAGCGGAACCAGCUUUGUGUCUGGCUUCGCAAUAUUUUCCGUCCUGGGCUUCAUGGCACAAGAGCAAGGGGUGGACAUUGCUGAUGUGGCAGAGUCAGGGCCUGGGCUGGCAUUCAUUGCUUACCCCAAAGCUGUGUCCAUGAUGCCGUUGCCUACCUUCUGGGCCAUUCUGUUCUUCAUCAUGCUUCUGCUUUUGGGCCUUGAUAGUCAGUUUGUUGAAGUGGAAGGACAGAUCACAUCUCUGGUCGAUCUGUAUCCAUCCUUCCUAAGGAAGGACUACCGGAGGGAAAUCUUCAUAGCCGUAGUGUGCGUUAUAAGCUAUUUUCUGGGACUUACCAUGGUAACUGAAGGUGGCAUGUAUGUUUUUCAACUCUUUGACUACUAUGCAGCCAGUGGCGUGUGCCUUUUGUGGGUCGCAUUCUUUGAAUGUAUCGCUGUAGCCUGGGUUUAUGGCGUUGAUAAUUUCUAUGAUGCAAUUGAAGACAUGAUUGGCUACAGACCGAAUCGCUGGAUGAAACUAAGCUGGACAAUCAUUACACCAAUCCUGUGUGUGGGUUGCUUUGUCUUUUCCUUAGUCAAGUACAAGCCGCUGACGUACAACAAGACUUACCAGUACCCAGACUGGUCCAUUGGCCUGGGCUGGGCUCUGGCCCUUGCCUCUAUGGUGUGUAUACCCAUGGUGGUGGUGAUCAAGAUCAUUCGUUCAGAUGGGCCUCUCAUCGAGCGCAUCAAGGCGGUGACCGCUCCUGUCAGGAGUGCUAGCAGCUCCUGGCCUGCCAACCACCAGCUUAAGGGCAGCAAGCUGGGUCUCUCUCUGGACCCCAAGGAGAACAGUAGCCUGAUAAAGCCCAGCCACACCAUCGUGGAGACGGUGAUGUGAUCUCUCUGUGAGAGGAUGAAAAGAUCUGCCCUUUGUGUCAUGGUAUUUUUGCUUACUUUGAUAGUCGUAGGACCAAGUUUACAUUGCUAUAUAUCUGCACUAGGAGUCUUGUUUUCUACAAAAGACGUUGCAUAUUGUAUUUUUGGGCGUUUUUAAUCAAUUUUAUCGAUAUUAAUGAUGUUGUAGCUUGGGGGAACAUUGAUCGAAGCCAAAUGGCCAAAUGUGUCAGAUAUGGCUCAUUAUUUCCUUUUUCCUUUGAUGUAGAUAAUUGACAUCAAACGCUCUUUUCCUUCUGGCAGAACCAGGAAAAAGGCAUAUUUUACUUUAACAACUAUUUGUGUUAUGGUGUAUGACAGUAAAAUUUCAGUAUAUCUGUGUAGUCAGGAAAAAAAAUCCAGCCUCUUUCAAAAUAUUUUUUGUCAUAGUGCCAGUAUCCUUGUCUGGUGACAUUUUUUCUCUGUUGUUGUUGGUGUAAUAUACAGCUGAAUGUACAUGGAGUAGCCAAGCAUUGUGUUCCUGCCGGCUCUGGUAGAGUUCCCUGUCCUAUGGGAUGAUUGUACUGUGACACUAGCAUUAGUAAAGAUGCUGCUGCAAAGGGCAAUUAAGAUCAUACUGCGAUCCUUUAAAGUGCAUCGAUGUUUUUGUCUUUUUUUGUAACGUUCAAGUCUCAUGCAGUGAGUCACCUUUUAUUUCAGCUUCUUCCUCAUACAGUUGGCUACAAGUAAGAAAUAUGACACAUAAGGCAGCAGCCAUGCCACUGUAGCCCUUUUUCUGUCUCCCUAGCAACAGAGUAUGAGGGGCAAUGCACAGCCUGGAGUGUAGUUACAUUAAAAUUGAAAAAAUGUAUUAAUUUUUUGGCUUUUUGUAAGAUUUGUUUUCUAUGUGAUGCAUUUAGAUGUAUAUUAAUGCGAUUCCCUCCUAUUCUGAUUCCCUAGUCUCCUUUCCCUCCUUACUUCUUUAUUUUGGUUUUCAAUGAUUGUUCGACCUUGAAUUCACUGCCAUUUAAAUUAGAAAUUGAUAUUCAAUACAAAAAGUAUAGGUCACUGCUCCGAGUAUGAUCUUAACAAGGACACCAAAGAAUAUCAAACCAAGUUUGUUAUAAAUCCACUAUUAACGUUUGUUAAUAAUAAUGUUCAUCUUCUAACUUUUCCCAGACUGCAGGUUUACACUGUAUUUGUUUAGAAGCCAUAUGCCUUUUCCUUGUCAAGCAUUUUAUAUUGUACGUGAAAAGUACUCUGUUGCUGACUACCUAUACUUUAAGUUAAAUUUCUUAUUUUCAACCAACAAAAAGCUAAAUUUCCAGCUCUUUUGUGCAAUACUUUGUAUCCAAUUUUUUUUGGAUUGUGCAAUACUUUUCUCAAUCAUGUUCUUCUUUGGAACUACUCUUAUGUUGCCACAGUAUGGAAUGAACACAGAUGAUCUACAAACAAAACCUGUUUUCAGCACAGAAUGUGAACAGUCGUUCUAAGGUCUUUGAUAAAGACCUUUGAUUAAGCUGUAAAGGGAUAUUGCUGUUAGAAAAAUCCAGGUUCCCCUUUUAAUUGAAUUAGUCCUUUAAUGUUGCUCUACCAAAUUGGGCUAUACCUCCUACUGCACUAUACUGGCAUCAAACCCCAAAACACCCACUAUUUAUAUUGUAAUUAAAAUGCUAGGUGUUUUUAAUGAAAAAAGCUAAUUUGCAAAAUGCAGGUGUUUUUAAAAUGUUUUUUACAGUAUGUAAAGACUUUUUUAAACGAUUAAUAAAUGAUUGUUUUUUUAUUGAAAUGCCUUCGUUUGGGGCAAAAGCGUUUCCAAUUAACACCUCUUCUGCAGUUUAACAUGGAGCAUAUGCUGUGUCAUCGUCCAGCUCUUAAACGCAUUUAGACCCACUUUGUUUUCAGGAUCUGCCACAUGGAUUGAUGGAUCCCCAAAAGGCAGCAUGUGCUGUGAUCAGCAUGGCUGUGCGGCGCUAAUUCUGCUCACACACCAUUUAGCAUGAACCUGAAUGAGAACACACAUCAUUUCAUCACAGAUUGAUGUGAAUGCAGCCUAUUUUAAUAUUUAUGGUCUAGCUUCAAGUUCAAAAUAUAAACUAAGAUAAUGGAACCACCAACUGAACUGCUGCCAAUGGUCUGCUUCCUACUGUUAGAUGUCCCACCUCGAGAGAGGUGUACCUCUUCCAAAGGUAAAUCGUUCAUAUCGUGUACCUCUUGCUGUAGAGUCUUUCGGUUGUCGAAGCAUCAUACCUGCCAUCGCUUGACAUAAGUGGUUAGACUAGAGUUUAACAGUUGAGAUGAUUUGCGCCGAUGAUGAAUGAAAACAAGCAUGUGUUGUAACAAAAUGACCUGCCUCAUAUACAGCCCACUGCAGCUGGCACAGCUUGCAUAAAUCUCACCCCAAUGUUACACUUGCCCUACGUCGUUAUAGCGUUUUAUAAAGUACUGCUGUGUGAUAUCAUUCCAGUUGGAAUCAUGCUGUUACACCAAACAAUUUUCCAUGUUAGAACUCUGCUGUCGUUAUGCAGUCCUGCAUUUGCAAGAACAAUGUUUUAGUUUCUUCUUAUGUAAUUCAGUUUGUGAAAAAGAACAAAUAAACAUUUAAAAGCUGA